AUGAAGUUACUAGGUUGGAUGCACCAAAAGUUACGGCAAAAUAGCAUCGAGACAUUCAGAGAUUUCGCCAUCGGGAACUACUGCACCUGUCUUUCUGCACAACAACCGCAUGAUGAGAAAGACUUAUUCGCAAUGCCAAACUUCAGCUCCAGAUAUGCUCCCAAAUCAUCAGAGAGCCCGGCAGAGGAAUAUGGAAAUUCCAUCUCUUGUUUCACUUCUAGAGUCGAGGAAAAUCUUGAACCAGAAACUUCCACUGAAAUUUCUGAACUUUUCCAUGGCUUUCUUGCCAUAGGAUUUCUGGGUUCAGAAGCAGCUCCCAGUGAGCCUGCCACGCCAACAUUUGCCAUGACUUUGGACAACAUGACCAAAGAAGCUGUAGAAGUUACAGAGGAUGACUUGAAGCUCAUAAACAAUGAACUAGAGAAGUUUCUUGAGGCUGAAUCUCAAGAGGAAGGGCACAAGGGAUCAUCAAGGAAUAGUUAUGUCAGCACUAUAACACUUGACAGCCCGCAAAUGGAGACAGUUGAAGAUGAAGGACCUGCAGACACUGUGAUUUUUCCGCUACAGGGAUAUCUGUUCGGCUCUUCAGUCGAAUUGCCGGAAACAAAGAUAGAGAUGAAGAAACAAAAGGCAUCCCUUUUGCAGCUGUUUCAAGAAACAGGGACAACAGGUGGAAAUUAUUCAAAGAAAUCUGAGACAGGAGCUACACAGGUCAAGCCAACACAUAAGUCUUCCAAACAUAUUAUGAAGAAGUUUCUGAAAAAGCUAUGUGCUUCUUCAAGACCCCCAAGUCUUUCCACUGGAGGAGAUGCCACCGCAUCAUCUUUACCCAAGAAAAAAUUCCAUAAGUCAGAGGUGUCCCCCAACUUUUUUCAGUUUCUUGAUCGAAUAUAUCUUGACAAAGAGGGCCAGGUCCUUCAAAUGUUCCGUAGAAAGAUCCAUCCAGAGAAUGCUACAGAUACAGCAGAUAUGGAAAAGUAUAAGGCGUACAAAAGCAAGAAAGCCUUUAAUGAUAAUAAUUACACCCACAAGGACUUGAUAGACAAGGACAAAGCCAACAUAAGUUCUGCUCAGGGUUUAAUGUCAACAGAAGGAGAGAAGGGCAGCUUAAAACUCCAACCUCCUGAGAUUGCUAGAGACACCUCAGAUGACUGCAGGGAGCACUGGAUCAAAACAGAUGCGGACUAUCUGGUGCUGGAGCUCUAG